UCUUCACUCUGUAUCCAUUAUUAUUCGCAGAGGAAGUAUAAAGGAGGUCAGCAACUGACGGAUACAUUUUUAGUACACUUCGAGCCUCGAGAGGAGUCAAUCCAGUAUCGACUUUGCCUUUUAAUAUCAAAAAAUGAUAAGUCAAGCUGGGGUGGCCACACUUUUCUUGCUGGGAAGCAUUUUCUUUCCUUUGUGCUUUCUCUCUCUACAGGCUUUUUAUCGUAAAACAAAAAUUGGGUCCGAAAUUAAGAAGAAACAACAAUUGUCCGACAAGGAUUGUGCAGACAUUUCUGUCAAGCUGGUUUCAACUCUUCAAGCCAUUCUAGCGUCCGUUUGCGGUGCAAUUGUUUGUUCAAAAUGUUACGAUGAUGUACUAUACUGCACGCAUCCUGUCGUCCUGACCUACGCCUGGUUUGGGGCUCCGUACUUCCUCUACGAUGCGAUGGCCAUGUUCUACGUUUCAACUAUUGCAGAUAAACAUUACAAAAAUAUAAAUAAACUCAAGCACAAGAGAAACUCAAAAGGCCUUUUUGCAAUGGGGAAAAAAUUCUGCACAUUUGUGUACAAAUCCUCCUCUGUCAUCGUAAUUCAUCAUUUGCUCAUGGCACCCUGUGGUUUCUUAAUCAUUACGUAUUUCCGAGGUGUCCGAGGAGACUUUUUCAUCGGGGUAAUGUACUUGAUGGAAGCUAGUACUCCAUUCGUCUCAUUCAGGGUCAUCUUGAGCAAACUGCAGAUGAAAUCAUCAUUACUCUACAAACUAAAUGGAGCACUAAUGCUAAUAACAUUUCCAUUCUUUAGAAUUGCUACUGUGUUCUACACAGUUAGUUUGUAUGCAGACCAGCAGCAAUUGGGAUUCACUGAGACCUUCUGCACUAUGCACCCGGGAUGGCUAUUCGUCUUUCUCGCAUCGAUAGCACCUCAAUUUUACUGGUACUAUUUGAUGUUGAGCGGACUUGCUAAAAUUCUCAGGUCCGAAGCUCCGAAAAACUCAGAAUUGGAGGAACCUGCUCAAACUGUUGCCACCAAUAAAACUCACAAUAACUUGCGUGAAUAAAUAUGAAUGACAUACUCGAGAGAAAUCUUGUAAAAUAUUAGCAAGUGUAACUAAUCUUAAACUGUCAAUAAUAUUAUGAUCUAUCGUUUAAAAUUUUGUACAAUA